AUGGCUCCCAAUCAGAUCAGGAAUCCUCAAGCUUCAAAAAAACCAAAACUUUCUCCACAACAACAAGAAGAAGCCUCUACAACAACUUCUACCACAUCUACAGCUGUUGCUGAUGCUACUACUACAACUAAUGUGGAAGAAAUAUUUGAAUUAAAAUAUGGGGAAGGCAUUACAUUCCGAAAUGAACAUUCUCUCCUCCGAUUGACCGUUCAACGAGGAUGCAUCAAUAUAUUUGGAACCGAAUUCAAAGAGGGUGAAAUCGUUGAAUUUAAGCAUUCUGAAAAACCAUUUCAAGUGAUUGGACUCAAUACUCAUGGAGAUUCUCAGAUUUGUGGGAUUCAAAUUCAACAUUCUUCAAAAGAUACCAUUUCCAUUCUCAAUGAUCCAUCCUACAUUACGUUCCAUCAAGGAUUGAUCGAAAUGUUUGAAAAUAUUUCAAAACAAAAUGACCAUGUCAGGUUACUGGUGGUAGGACCCACAGACUCAGGAAAAUCCACGAUUUGUAAAAUUCUCUUUAAUCAUGCCAUGUUUUCGAGCAGUCUUCGAAGAAUUUGUUUUUUCUCGGAUAUUGAUGUUGGUCAGAAUCAAGUUUCACUUCCAGGAACCAUGGGAUUGAGCGAGGCUGUGGUACCUUCAAGUGUUGGUGGCGGCAGUAGCAGUUCAGAUGAAAAUGUGAACAUAUACACCAAAGAACUUUCUGUCACACAUCAAGCGCCACUCGAGUUAAUUCCACACAAACAUGUAUUUUAUUUUGGAGAUAUUUCACCCAAAAACACUAUUUAUUAUAAUUACAUCUGCCAAAGAAUCUACCAAAAAUAUGAGUCAAUUUUAAAAGAAAAUGAACAAGUCCAUAAUAUUAACAAAUCAUUUUUGGUGAUGAAUACAUGUGGAUGGGUUGAAGGACAAGGCUAUUCCAUUCUAUUGAAUACUAUCAAGUCGUGUAAAAUUACGCAUGUUCUUUCGAUGGAUGAACAAACAUUUAGGUGUCUUCAGAAAGAUACUGCUGGCAGUGGAGUUGAAAUUAUUUAUAAACAAAAAAGCAGCCAAGUGAAAAAGAGAAAUAGUAAUUUCAGGAAGGAAACAAGAAACAAUUCCAUCAUGUCCUAUUUUUCGAAACCUCUAAACACCUUAACACUAUCUCUUGAAGAUGAUAUUCAUUUGUGUAUGAUUGAUUACAAGUCUCAAACAAGUGCUAGAGCUUUAAAUGUUUCAGAAAAAUCCCUUCAUAGAAUUUGUGCUGUUUCAACAGCCAAUUCCAUUGAUCAAGUGUUAAAUCAAGAAGUGUUUUGCUUUGUCGUUCUCGAACAAUUUAACGCAGAGAAGAAAACUAUUAAGCUUUUAUUGCCAGCAUCAAAAGACAAGAAAGAAAUAGAGAAAUUGCCAAAGCCUUUGUUCCUUCUUAGUGGUUCAGUCAUGUUUAAGUAA